UAAGCCUUCACAGGUGAGUGGGGUGGACAUUUGGAACCGGAAGCUGGCAGCGACUGGUUAAACUUGUUUUUUUGUGGCGUAAACAGGAACAAAUCAAAAAGUUUAGGAUUCACAGGGGAAAAUGCCAGAGAGGGGAAGAGAUGAUCAGAGGAGUGAUGCGUAUGCAGACUACAAGAGCAGGGAUAACUCACACCGUGGAGAGCACUCUCUGUAUGAUGGUCAGAGAGGGAACCAAAAACCAAGACAUGUGGAACUGAGAAGCUCUUCUGAUGACAGGAGGGCCAAAGAAAACCAACACAGAGAAAAGAGAAGUGCCUCACACAAUGAGCCACCUCCUCACGGAGAACAUGGCCAUGCAGGACCGUCAAGAAUGUCCAGAGAGACUUCACUGCAUCACUCUGAAGGAGAAUAUUAUGAGAAACAACAAAGACAAGCCCUGUACAAUUUCAGAUACAUCUUCACUGCGAGAGGUCUCUGCCAGCUCAUGGAGCUCUUUUUGAAUCUACUUAUCGUGAUCUGCGCCGGGGUGCCGUACAGCAACAAUGGGGGUUACCGCGACCUGGCAAGCCUUGGUGGAAUCUACUAUUAUCACUUUGGUGGUGCCAAUGCCUUCACCGGAGCGGAUGCAGACAGGGUGAAAGAGCUCGACCGACUGUUUCAUCAGCUCAAGCGGCCUCCAUACGUCUUUACCAUGGCCUGCGGUGGAGUUUUGAUGAUCUACGCCUGUGCCAUGCUCGCUCUGGGGGUUUUCAGGGUCCCUUAUCGCUGGCCCCCUGUGCUGCUUGGAGAGGCUCUGGUGAAUUUCCUGAUUGGUUUAGGUUACAUCCCUGCACUUGCCUUCUACUUUAUUAAACUGCAGGAAACCUACAAUAAUCCCAUCUGUAAGGAACGAGAGGAAAUGUACAAGAGCAAAGCGCACAAGGGCUUUGAGUGUCAGUUCCACGGUGCAGACAUUGCAGGUGGACUCUUUGGGGUUGUGGGGGUGUUUCUGUUCAUUUUUGGUGCAGUGUUAGCUGUCAGGGCUUUCAGGUCAGUGCGAGAGCUUAAGAAGCAAAGAGCAAACAUGGAAGAUCAUUUAUAAAGUCACUUUUCUCUGCCACUUUUGAACAAAAUUAGGAAUUAGCGGAAAUCCCUAGUGACAUGCAGCGUGAUUUAAUUUAGACUGUUAUUGAAUGUUAUUUGUAUUUUCGCUUUUUAUUCAUUUUUAUACUUUGUUUUUUUUUACUAUUAUUAUUGUUAUUACUAUUGUAUAAUCUUAUAUUCCUGUUACAUAAUCCUUUUACUAUAACCUUUUACAAGAACACAUUUUCUUCAAAUGUGUAGUUGUAGUAAGCUGCUAAAAAUGUGCCUCAUUUAUUUGUUUUUAUUAAAAUACAGAUAAAAGUGUAACAAAAAAUCAUGUCAUUUUUUAUUUGUGUGUUCUUAAAAUCGAAAUUAUGUAAUAAUUAAGAGUCUUUCUUGCAUAUCGUUUGUAUUUUCUCCCCGUGCUUGCGUGGGUUUUCUCUGGGUACUCCGGCCUCUU